AUGAAGGAGGGCAAGAAUGCUGCCGACCCGCUGAAUAGCCUGCUUUGCGCCGUCCAUGCAGAGCGACUGGCGCAGCUGCAUACGAUUCUCUCAGCUGCCGCCUUCUUGUCUGCCCUCGUCCUCGGCAUCUCGCUACACUACCACAAGAUUGUCCGGAAUCAGUACUACGGCUAUCCUGACGAAUGGUUCCCUUCCGUCUCGGCAACAAUAGGCGACUGGUUCCCCGAACGCAACGUCUUCCACCUCCUCAUCGCCCUCACGUCCGGCCCGCGAUUCCUCCUUAUGCUCCUCACCUUCCUCAUACAUCGCGUUCAGCGUCCCACGAGCUCUCUACCAAGCGUUCUCGCCGUCGUUGCGGCUUUGCGGACAUUGCUAUGCGGAGGAUGGGUCUACGUGACGUCGAGUGAUCAUGCGGAUGCUCACGAUGCCUGCAUGGUGCUCUACAUUGUCUCGAACCUCCCCUACAUGAUCCUCCAAACCCUCCUCACGCCCAACACACCCGCCGCACGACCAGCCAAAACCGCCCGCCGCCUCCUCGGCACCUCCUUCUUCGCCACCCUCGUCCCGCUCGUCUACUUCUAUCUCCGACACAAGAGUGACCGGAUUGCGGGAGCGUAUUCGAUCUACGCGCUGUUCGAGUGGACGUUGAUCGUCCUCGACAUCAGCUUCGACUCGAUCUCGAUUCUCGACUUUGUGGCUCCGACUUCCGUUGCGAGCGGCAACGAAGCGGUCGUCAGUCCGAGCAUCGAGCUUGCUGCUCAGGUCGCAUCGGCGCAGACGACUGCGAGCGAGUCGAACGGUGUCUACCUCGCCCCGGCAGAUCCGACCGCCGAGGCGCAAGAGCCGGGCGCGGUCAUUAAAGCGUUGCGCAAGAUGGAUAUGGCGUCUCGAGGCGCGGGAGGGUGGGCGGCGGAGGUCUAUCUCGCAUUUCUCUUCUGGACGAACCUGACGGCUAUCGGACCGAUGAUCUUCUACUCGUCCGUCUGGGCGAUGGGCCUUUCCGGCGACGAAGUCGCCCUCUUCUGCAUCAUCUCGCCCAUCGUCCUGUCCCUCCCGAUUCCCUUCCUCUCGAACUUCCUCCUCAACUCGCCGACGUCCGGAGACCUAGGCUUACUUGUCGGCGUUGCCAGCCGAUACCUCGAAGGCGAGGGCGCCGAGAGGUUGAGGGCGGCGGCGUUCGGAGUUGGGUUGGCGGCGAUUGCGAGGGUGGCGAGUUGGUGGGAGGUUCGGAAGGAUCCGGCGCGCCUAGAGGGACGAGCCAUUGUCUUCCUCCUCGGCCUCGUCCUUUCGGUCCUCGUCAAGUUCGCCAACUACUCGCUCAACCCGCUCUGGCCCUUCAUGCGGAGUUCGUCGAACCCGAAGGAGGAGAAUGGUGGCUGGAACGGCAUUGGGCUGGCGGUCGGAGUGUGGGCGUGGUGCGAGGUUGCGCUUCGAAGGCGAAGAGGGAGGACAGCGGUCGUCCCUUCGGCUUCGCCCGUCAACAGCGCGACCCAGGGUUGGAUGGCCAGCAUCGCCUCAAUCGUCGGCUUCGGCUCGCUCUUCUUCCUUCUCCACUUCCUCUACACCGACAGCGGUACAACCAUCGCCUGGUCCUGGAACGGCUACCCCUCCACAGGACCUUUCGCUUUCCCCCACGGCGCCAUCACGAUCGCCGCCCUCUCAGCCGGCAUCCUCGUUGCGUCGACGCCUCGAUACCUCGCCUUCGCCAGAUCGUCCAUGGCAUUCACCGUGGCUUGCGCGUCGGCAGCCGCUCUCUACGCGUCCGACUCGUGGCCUUCCUUCCUGCCCGGCUGCCUCCUCGGAAUGUACGCCGUCUCGCUCUUCCCUUCCUUCCUCUCGUCCAUCCUCGCCGCCUCGACCAGCAGCCCCGGCAUCCCGUUCGCCCUCGCCUUCUUCUACUACGCCGUCCUCGAGCUCGCGAGCACUUGGACGGUCGCGUACGCUUUUGUUCCAGCCGGCUGGCUGCUGCGCGAACGUACGGACAUCGUCCUCGGCUGGACGAUGGCGGGCGUCGGGAUCGGCCUUCUCCCGCUUCGCCGCCUCGCCGCGUCGCAAGCCUCGUCCUCCGCGCCGACACGGUCUCGACGCACCUCGUACCUCCACAUCACACUGCUCCUCAUCUCGCUCGCCUCGGUCUUCUCGAUCAUCCACCACCGCUCCUUCUUCCAGCCCGGCGUGCCACACCAUGCCGAAGAGCGCCUCCUUACUGCCGGCAUCUGGACCGUCCACUUCGGCCUCGACGGUUACAUGUGGGAGAGCUCGAGGCGCAUUGCGCAGUUCUUCAAAGAGGCGGAGGUGGACGUCGUUGCGAUGCUCGAGACGGACGAUCAUCGGGUUGUUGGUGGUAACCGCGACAUCACGCAGUACAUCGCGCAUUCCCUGAAUAUGCCGUACGUUGACAUCGGGCCAGGGCCGCAGAAGAACACCUGGGGCGCCGCCCUGAUAUCCAAGUUCCCCAUCCUCCGCUCCUCGCACCACCUCCUGCCCUCGCCGAACGGCGAACUCGCUCCCGCGAUCUACGCGACCCUCGACGUCUACGGCACCGAAGUCGACGUUGUCGUCGCACACAACGGACAGGAGGAGGACCCACUUGACCGCGAGCUGCAGAGUAAAGAGCUGGGAAGGCUCAUGAGGGAGAGCUGGCCAAAGCCGACUGUGUUCCUCGGCUACCUCGUUACGACUCCGCAUGCCGAGCGGCCCGCGCCGUACAAACUCGUCGUCGAAGACGGCCGGAUGCUCGACAUCAGCCCGAAGGAUCUCGACAGGUGGUGCCAGUACAUCCUCUACCGAGGCUUGCACCGCGUCGGCUACGCCCGCCUCUCACGCGGCAGCGACCCAAGCGUGACCGACUCUGAAGCGCAGCUCGGCAAAUUCGUCGUGCCGCUCCCCCGCUCAACGGGGUCGUCGUACACCCGGUCUGCGGAGGCUGCGAAGGCGGCAUUCGCUCUACAGCAGGAGCAGCGGAACUCGACUUUCACCGAAGAAGCCGAGAAGGGCGAGGAGAAGAACAAAGAGGUCCUCCGCAUUCCGCCCAUCCCGCUCGAGGACUACGUCUCGCACCUCCACCAGUCUCCCGCGCCCGUCGACUCGGACGCCACAGUCUGGACCCCCGAGCGGUACAUGCCACCCUCCCUCCGCUUCCCAGCGCAGUUCUACGAAGGCAAUGCAGGAGGACACCGGUAUAUCGUCUUGACGGGCGAGAAGGGCGGAGAGGGGCCGAACUACAUGAUGGACCCCGAGGAGAAGGAAUGGAGGAGGUUGUGGGAGAUCGACGAGUUGGAGAGGCUGGCGAGCACGGGCGAGUGUGGGGUGCAGUAG